AUGGAGAAAAGGGAAACUGAGAAGUCGGAACGGCCCGGGGAUGAAUGCUUCCAAGCUGCGCCCCGACGCUACAACUCGCCAGACACACAAAGCCCCCUCGCGUUCCGACUUCCGAGGUGGGAGCCCCGGCCGCUUCCUCUCCCUGCCCAAACUUUUCCUACCGUCGCGCACCAUAAAUGGACCCGCCACCCGGUACAAGCAGCACAUUCCUCCAGCCAAGUUCGCAGCCACCCAUCACUCGCUUCAGGCAUGUCAGACCUCCAGAUGGUGCUCAGCGACACAACGGCGGCCAGCGCCGUGACCGGGAGCGCCAUCGCCGCCUCGUACAAUGACCAGAUACGGCCCCUCCUGGACGCCGUGGACCGCCUGCGCCACCUCAAGGUGACGCAGGAGGGCAUCCAGCUCCCGACGAUCGUGGUCGUGGGCGACCAGUCGAGCGGCAAGUCGAGCGUCCUCGAGUCCCUGGCCGGCAUCAGCCUCCCUCGCGGCCAGGGCAUCUGCACCCGCGUGCCGCUCGUCAUGCGGCUCCAGGACGACCCCGCCGCCGACUCGCCGGUGCUUCAGCUUGAGUACAGCAACGGCCGCGUGGUGACCACCACGGAGGCCAAUGUCGCGGACGCCAUCAACGCCGCCACCGCGGAGAUAGCCGGGUCAGGCAAGGGGAUCUCCGACGCGCCCAUCACCCUCGUCGUGCGCAAGCGGGGCGUGCCCGACCUCACCCUCGUCGACCUCCCCGGCAUCACGCGCGUGCCGGUCCAAGGCCAACCCGACGACAUCUACGACCAGAUCGCCAGGAUCAUAAGAGAGUACAUCGCGCCCAAGGAGAGCAUCAUCCUGAACGUGCUCUCCGCCACGGUCGACUUCCCGACGUGCGAGUCCAUCCGCAUGUCGCAGCAGGUGGACCGCACCGGGGAGCGCACGCUUGCGGUGGUCACCAAAGUCGACAAGGCACCCGAGGGCCUGCUGGAGAAGGUCACCAUGGACGACGUGAACAUCGGCCUCGGGUACGUCUGCGUCCGCAACCGCAUCGGCGAGGAGACGUACGACCAGGCGCGAGUCGAGGAGGAGCGGCUGUUCAAGUAUCACCCGCUGCUGUCAAAGAUUGACAAGGACAUGGUGGGCAUUCCUGUGCUCGCGCAACGUCUCGUGCAGAUUCAGGCGACCAUCAUCGCCAAGUGCCUGCCGGACAUCGUCAGGCAGAUCAACGACCGCCUUAGUCGCAGCAGCACCGAGCUUGACCAGAUGCCACCGGAUCUCAACAACGUUGCUGACGCUGUGAGGGAGUUCUUCCACAUCCUCAAGCUGGUGUGCGCAUCACUGGAGAAGAUUCUUGUGAGGAGUGAGUUUGACGAGUACCCCGACGACAGCCAUUUCCACGCCACUGCCCGUAUUGCCGAGAUGUUCGACAGGUCGGCAUUCCUCGUCUUGCUCAAGAAGAAGGUGGAUACAGUCAUGCAGGUAAAUGGUCUUUAUAUCACUGAACCUUGCAACUCAAAGAAAUAUUUUUAUUGUCGUCAGGUGCCGCACGACCUUGUGAACGAGGUCUGGAAUUACGUCGAGGACAUUGUCGUCAAGGUACUCAUGCAGCAUUCAGACAACUUCCCUCAGGUGCAGUCGGCCUGUCGCCGCGCAGUCCAGGGCAUGUUCGAGAAGGCACGAGCGCGAUCUGCCCAGCACGUCAAGGAGCUGAUCGAGAUGGAGAAGGUGGCCGACUACACGGCCAACCCCGACUACAUGAAGACAUGGUCGGAGAUCAUGCAGUGUCAUGACAGGUUCAUGAAGGCCGUGGAGGACAAGUCCAAAUCAGCAAAGAUCACCCUUGAGUUUUUUGGAGAGGUGGACGUGUCCCACAUGAGGGCGCACGCCGACCUGGCAAGGCAGGCGUUCGACCUCAGGGCGCGCCUGACCGCGUACUGGAAGAGCAUCAUGCUCCGGCUCAUCGACGGCCUGGCCCUGCACAUCCUCCUCGGCGUCAAGCGGCUCGUGGAGAAUGAUCUGGAGGAGGAGCUCGCCAACGAGCUGCUGCGCAACAAGAUGGCCGGGAUGGAGCGGAUGCUCACGCCGUCGCCGAGCAGCGGCACCAAGCGCGAGCGCCUCAAGAAGAGCAUCGUGCUGCUUCGCCAGUCCAAGGAGGUUGUGGGGAGCAUCAUGGACAGGAUCUGCGCCUCAGGUGAACUCGUCUGAGCUGGGCAUGUGAUGAUGUGCCGUUGGGGAUUAUGGCUGGUACUCCUUUUUUUUUUUGAAACUGGGUACUCCAUAUUUUGGAUGGUGCGGUUUGGUGUGACAAAUGCUAUGGUUCUAGUUAGCAUGCUGGGUCCU